AUGAUCCUCUCCGUCUCCGUGCUCGCCGUCAUGAUCGGCGUCGUGGCCGGCUACAGCCCGAACCGCCUCUGGAGCACCAACCGCUACCCCUACAACGUCCCCUACGACCAGUCCUUCCAGGAGGGCUACUCGCUCCUCAAGCACACCGGCAGCUACGGCCCUUACUCGAACCGCGCAUCCUACGGCAUCGGGCGUGACCCGCCCGCCGGCUGCGCGGUCGACCAGGUCAUGAUGCUCCGGCGCCACGGCGAGCGCUUCCCGCAGGCCUCGGCUGGCAAGGCUAUGAUGGACGUGGUGCAGCAGAUGUACAAGAACAAGACGGGCGGCGGCGCGUGGACCGACGACCUCGAAUUCCUGAACCGCUGGCAGUUCUUCGUGCCGGAGCAGGGCUACUUUGAGCUAGAGUCGUUUAUGGGCCCUUACGCCGGCUUGCUCGAGUCGUACCGCCACGGCGCCGAGUACCGCACGCGGUACGGGCAUCUAUGGGAUCAGUCGCCGGGGAAGAGGGUGCCGAUCUUCGUGGCCGACAUGGAGAGGGUAACGCAGACGGCGAGGAAGUUUGGGGAGGGCUUCUUUGCAUGGAACUACACCACCUCGGCCGCCAUCAACAUCAUCUCGGAGAGCGGCAAGAUGGGCGCCAACAGCCUCACGCCGCGCUGCCAGAGCAACUCCACGGGGAACAGCGUUUGUGCAAACUUGACCAACUACCACCCCCAGUUCGAUAUCGCGGCCGCGAGGCUGAAUGGCAUGAGCCCAGGUCUCAAGCUGAGCUGGAUCGACAUUUUCGCUCUGAUGGGUAAGCCAUCCUACCUCAAAAUGUCUGCCUUUGAGCUCAACGUGCGCGGUUACUCGGACUGGGCCAAUGUGUUCACUCUCGAUGAGUGGGUGGCCUUUGGCUAUCAAAAUGACUUGGACUUCUACUACUGCAAUGGUCCUGGCAACGCGGAUAACAAGGCCGUCGGUGGUGUGUACAUCAAUGCGACCCUGACGCUCAUGAACCAAGGCCCCGAAAAAGCAGGCACCCUCUUCUUCAGCUUCCACAAAAGCUCCCAUGACACAAAUAUCACUCCUGUGCUCGCCGCCCUCGGCAUCCCCUACGUGGAAAAAGACCUGCCAACGGACCGCAUCGCCUUCCCCAACCCCUACACCAUCAGCGACAUAAUGCCCAUGGGCGGCCACCUCACCAUCGAGCGCCUGGCCUGCAACGCCACCGCCGCCGCCCCCAAAGACACCUACGUGCGCCUCGUGCUCAACGAGGCCGUCGUGCCCUUCGGCGCCUGCCAGGACGGGCCAGGUUACAGCUGCUCGCUGGGCAACUACACCAGGCUCGUGCAGGCCAUGCUUCUGGACUACGUCAGCACCUGCAACGUCCCCGCGAGCCAGCCGCAGUACCUCAAGUUCUUUUGGGAGUACAGCAACAGCACCGACUGGAACUACCAGAGGGGGGAGUACAUCCCAUGGCAGGGGUCGAGUGAUGUGUGA